GAUCAUUUAUACAACCUCUGAAAGAGGCGGCGGACUGAACCGAUUCGAUUAACAGUGGAUUGGACUGACCACCGGCAGCGUAUCAAAAAAGGAAAUAUGUCCUCGGCUCGCAGCUCUCCCUCCUUGUCCAGUUUGUCCAUGUCCUUCCUCAAUCAAGGUUUUGCUCAGACCAAAGAUCUGGAAUGGUCGACUUCCUCUAUCCUGGAAUUCCAGCUAAACAGCAAGGGUAGUCAGGCAUCCAGCUCUGAAGUGGUGGCGGACUUACUGGACCUUACACCCGCUGAGCGGUCUCUCACCCUGGGCUUUUCUCCGGCCCAACUGUUGCCCCACGUGGAAGUACUUUCCAGCCUGAAAGCGGAGGGUAAUGUCCCCUUGGAAAUCAUUCGGGAUAGCAAGUCCUCUACUCCAAGGCCAAAUGGGUUUCCCCAAAUGGCUUCCCUUGAAACCCCAGCAGAUCUGUCUUGCGUGGAUCUCUCCGAUCUGCCAUCCACGGCCCAACCACUCUGGGAGGUCUCUGCGAUCCGCCAUGGAGGAUCGCUGAUGGAAUCCAGCCCCUUAGACUUGCACAACACUGGGGAGGAUGACUUCUGGAGCUCUGGUCCUAAAUCCAUCACUUUUGCUGAAGGCUUACUGUAUUCUAGUAAUGUGCAACCCCCAGGGAGUGGAGGGGGCCUGUUCAUUCACUCUGAUCAGUUGCUGCUACCACUGCACAGGGAGAGUGGUCUUGGAAGUCGCAUUCAUCAAUUCACAUUUCCGGGACCAAAUGUGGAUCAGAGAUUUCAAGGAUCAGGCUUGUCACCAGCAGCUGAAUACAUUUCUGGCCCAGUGAACAGAAACUCUUGAAUUCCAUAGGGAUUGACUUGGACAUGUGGUCUGAUAAGGACUUGUAGAUUUUUAAAUGGCUUGGAGGUCUGCCGUCUCGCCAUCCAUUUAAGGAAUGGCAGUGA